UUUCACUCUUACUCCUCCGUCGGAUCGAAUGGUGACAAUAUUGCUCGAUACUAGGGGAUCCGGGAGGGUCAGGUUAAGAGGACUCACAGACCCAGAGGUGGGUAACUUGCGUCAGCAGACCAUUCUAGAGCAAAGUUGGGUAUGUCUCCGUAUCGCCCAACCACCGUUCACCAUGCUCGAAAUGACAAUCACCGCGACUGUCUAGGUCUAGACUUCCUUGCAUUCAAAAGAUAACGCUAAUGCCUCGGCGCCCUGACACUGCCCUCAUGUACAUGGGUUCCAUCUACACCAUCUUCCCAGGCCCUCUUGCCAGUGACAAUUACCUUGAUGAUUCCACCGCGCAUUGCUGUCCUUCUCAUUGUGUCGAUCUUCUCCGCCUCUUCCUCCUUCGCUCUCAAUGAAACCCACUUUGGGCUCUACAAGAACACGCAUUUUGGUCCCUGCCCGACUGAAGCGCCGCCUAACGCGACAGUCCCGAUCCCAGAUGUCGGUGCCGGUACUCAGCUGAUCACAAAUGGCUCGCUCUCUGCAGCUGAGUUCUGCGACAGAUUCUGGAACUACACAGUUCUAUCGAGUUUGCCUGCGGACGGCGCCUUUACGCUCUGAUGGGUCAAUGUCUUUUUCAACAUCGUGACGUGGGCGCUCGGUGCGGCCGGUCUUUGGCUGCGGUUCAGCCCCAACGACCAGGAUCACUUCGAAGAGUAUGAGUUCUCUGCGGUCGAGCGGACAGACGAUUUUUGCGUAUAAUCGCUAUCCUCCGAUCACUGCGAGAGCGCUCACUUGUGAAUCCAGCGACCCGAUCUUCAUCCGACCGCAAAAAACCGCGCGAACCACAUUCAGUGCGAUCAAGCUCUAUGGACUGCUUUCAUAUUCACUCGUUACGACAAUUCUUUGGUGGCACUCCUUCAUUGUCCUCAUCCGCGACCAGGCUGGGUCGCACGCCUUGCUCUCGCCCGUUGCGGUGCUCACUGUCAUUGGGUACCUCGUCACCUUGGAGCGAGACAUUCCGGCGCGACUCUAUACGCCGCUAAGUUGGGUGUUGACCCCUGCGGCGCUGGGGCAGUUCGGAGCCUCCAUUGCGGCGCUGGUGUUCUUUUAUCGUGCCCACGCGCACAGCCCCCAAUACACUGUCCUCCCUUCCUUCGACGUCUCCGAUUACAGAUGUGAUGUGCGCGCGAUGUUGUUUAAUCCGACGAACACAACCUACCUGGUGUCUCUCGGUGCAUCGCCGAUUCUGCUAGCCUUUGCAUUGCUGCCCCUCGCGCUCAUCUUGUUUACCUGUUACGAGUCGAACCUGCGAGGUUUGGGAAUCGGACUAGCUUAUAUUUACAUACUCCUUGCUUUGUUCUAGGUCAUCUCAUUCGCAAUCGUGGGUCAAAGAGAGACAAACCCCAUCGCAUGGGAUCCGGAUUGCGCGCUCGUCCACGUGACGAUGGGCAGCGGCUAUGGAUACUUGGAUGUCCAGGCUUCACAAGAUAUUCAAGCUGGUUUGCAUAAAGUAAAGACGAUCUUUGGGAUCAUUUGGUAGUCCGGCUGCAUUCCGUAUAGAAUCAUAAUCAGUG